ACUCUCCUUCAUCUUCUCUGUUGUAUAGCAAAAGAACGGUAAACAUAACUUGAUUUAGAUCUCAAAAAUCUUGCUCAUCACCAUCAUUACCUUUAGAUCUUUCACCAUUUUGGUCACUGUCACUCCCACCUAUCCACCCACCAUGCCUUCUAGGGUUUCCAUUCUCUGUGUCACUGGGACAAUACAACAGUCCCAAUUCUCACCCUUUCACACCACCAUUCUCUGAUUCACCCUCCACCCUCAUACCCACCAAGAAAAGCAUGCAUCUUUGGUGCCACUGCCUCAAACCCACUUCAGAUUCUCCUCUGAAACCCACUGAGGGUGUUGUUGGCGGUGUCUGUUAGUGUUCAUUGGGGUUCACUUUUCAAUUGGGGGAUUUUCUUCUGGAAUCUGAAAUUGCAUCAAUUUGGGAAUUUUUUUUGCAAAAUGAUUUCUUCUGGGAUUAACUUGGUGAUGACUGUGAUUGGGUUUGCGGUGAGCACCAUGUUCAUUGUUUUCGUCUGCACCAGGCUCAUAUGUGCACGAAUUCACAUGAAUACUGCGAGGAGAUCUUUUCCUAUUGCAUCCAGAUCCAAUCUCAGCAUGAUGGAGCGGGGUUGCCAUGGUCUUGAACGUGUGACUGUAGCCAAAUUUCCAACAAAGAAGUACAGUGACAAGUUUUUUGCUGCAGCAGAAAAUUCUCAAUGCACAGUCUGCCUCUCAGAAUACCAAGGUGAGGAUAUGCUGCGUAUCCUCCCCUAUUGCGGACACUCCUUCCAUGUGACCUGCAUAGACUUAUGGCUGCAGCAGAAUUCCACUUGUCCUGUUUGUCGAAUAUCGUUGCGUGAAUUUCCCGAAAGAAAGCUGUUAAUGCAACCCUUGUUCAGCUCAGCUUUGCAACCUCACUAUGGCAUAGAAUCCUUUGACACGCAUCAUUAUCACUGUAUGAUGGCUGAUAACGGAUUAUCAUCAAGAACCCCUGACAACCUUGGGGUGAAUCCUAUAGAAGAAGAUCAUUUUCCAUCCGAGGGUGGUGGAGCAGUUGCUAUGGACAAUAUUACCUGUUUAAGUGAGGGUGACUUCAUUAAAGAAGAAGGGAAGAAGCAUGUAGAGAGUCCAUCAAACUUCCAGAUUUGAUUGGUUUCAUGGAAAUUGAAGCUUCAAUAUGAUACUUUUAAAUCACAAAUUGAGUAUAAAGUUAAUGUUCCAAAAUUGGAGUGAAAAUGUGAAAUGCAUUAGCAUGCUGAAGGAUGGUUAAUAUCUUAUACUGUAUAUAUAGCAGAGAACACCCCCCACCCCCGGACUGCCCUUUACUGUCUUCUCCUUUGUUCUUUUCUUGAUCCUCAAUACUCGAUAGUAUUUGAAACUCUCUCUCUCUCCCUUCCUAAUUGUAAUUGUUGUAAGACUAGAAUUAGUUGAAGAUCCCUUCCGAAACUUUGUAUUAAUGCAAAUCCGUACAGUGCAAUUAAUGUAUCUUAUUUUUUUUUCUCUCCAA